AUGGGUGAUUACGGAAAUUAUCCACAAGAUAGUGGUUUUUGUGGUGGAUAUCCCACUUCCUACGAUUAUAACCAUAAGACGUCCAAUACAAAUGAAAGUCCACAGGUUUCUACUCUUCUGUUUAACGAUAUGCCAUCAUCUGUCACUGAAAGAGAUCUGAGAAACGCUCUCGAUGAUAAAAGCGUUAGAUACUUUGGUGUGAGGUUUAUGAGGGAUAGAUCGAGAUGCUUCGCAUUUGUUGAUUUCCAUCCCGAGGAAGCUCGAAAUUUCAUCCAUAGCACCCAGAAUGAAAUUAAAAUUCGCGGGUUUAGAGUUUCGUUUGAUUAUGCAGAUCCCAAAGACGAAGCCAUCAUAUCUGAACGUAGCCGAUCUACUGAUCCUCGUUUUUCUGGUAACGUAGAAGAGCCUACUUCCAACAUUAUGGUUCGCGGAAUUCCAGCAGAUGUCGAUGAACGUGAAAUAAUGGAGGAACUUAAUCGCAAUAAUGUUAACUUCGCUGAUGUUCGUGUCAUUCGGGAUCGUCAAACAGGUGUGUCGAGAGGCUUCGGUUUUAUCGAGUUCGCUUCCACGCAGGAAGCCAUUCAUUGGAUGGAUGCUCAAAAUGGUGUUUUACAUGUCCACCGACAUGUCAUGCGCCUCAACUUCAGCUCCCCGCGUAAUCAAAACGAUUCAAGUAGUCGAAAUGAUUCUGGCCGUCGCGAUGUAAGAGGCAGCAAUAAUCUAUCAGCUCUGGCCUCUGGAGAUUGGCAAUGCCUUAGGUGCUCAAGCCAUAAUUUCAAGCGUCGUGAUGUUUGUUUCCGAUGCCAAAACCCAAGACCCACUGCUCGGCAAAGUACUUCCAUUUACAAUUCCGAUGGCUCUGAGCUUAUCGGCACAACUCCAUGCAACACUUUGAUUCUGCGUUGUCUUGACGCCUAUACUACCGAAGCGAGUGUUCAAGCUGCAUUUUCAGAUCAGCAUAGUCUGCAGGUCAAACGUUGUUUCAUUGUUCGAGAUGGGAGUAACAAUUCUUCACGUUUUGCUGUUGCUGAGCUACCCACAGUGGCAGACGCUUAUAAUGUGAUUGAUACCAUUAUGAAGGAGCACAAGAUUUUUGAAAUCGAGGGCAAAGCGAUUGCUGUUGGAUAUGCAAAAAAUAACUUCAACACAAUUAUGGCCACUUUAAAGUCCGAGGGUGCGUUUAUUGAACCCACUGCUUCAAAUAACAUAUCAGUAAGAUCAUCGGCUCCAACUAGUUCCUCUUCAUAUCCCGGAGCGUAUCCAGCCAAUCAAAUUCCAGUUCCUGCAGGAGUUUAUCCAAACUCCGGCGUUGCUGUAGCACAAGCGGCCAUCGAAUUAAAGCAAGCCCAAGCUCGAUUGACUUCUAUUGUUGCUCAAUCAGUACAUAAUCCACAGGGAAUACUUGGUCUCCCGCCUCAGCAAGGUGGUCAGACGCAAUCCUAUGGCAAUUCGCUGGCCACGUUCCCUCCACCAACUAUACCGUUUAAUGCUGCAACAUCUGCAGUUACCGAAUAUCCCGUUCCUGAUACCACAAAGUUUCUCUUUGAUGAGACAAUUCGAUACUACUAUGAUCCGGUGACCGGUUUACUCUACGAGCCAAACACCCGAUAUUUCUUUGAUCGUUUAACUCAGCAAUACUUUCAUUAUGAUGCAACAAGGCGCUUGUACAUUCCUGCCUCACAGGUUGCAAAUCAACAGCAACAACAGCAAUCGGAAGUAGCUACUGAAACAGUUAAGGCCACUGAAGAGCUUUCCAAGAAAAAAGAUAAAAAGGAGAAGGAAAAGAAUGCACAGAAAAUUGCCAAAGAGAUGGAAAAAUGGGCUAAGCGUAUGAACUCUCAGAAGGAAGCUCCUUCGGUUCCAAAAGUUGAACAACAACAAAUCCAAACUGAAAGCAGUAAGACCGCUGAUAUGGGCUAUGCUGUGCUCCAAGCAUCAACUAGUGCGUCAGCUUCAAACAACUCUCCAAGCACGGCUGGUUUGGUUGCUCAGUAUGGCGGGGACGAUAGUGAUGACGAAGAUAUUCCUCAAACUGAUGAAAAAGAUCUGGAAACUCAAGUUUCCGCUGAGGAAACGAAACUAAUCGAUUGGACAAAAUUGGCUUGCCUCCUAUGUUCCCGUGGAUUUAAAGAUGCUGAUACCCUUCAAAAGCAUCGUGUUUUCUCUAACCUUCACCUCCAAAGCUUGAACAAACUUCGUGCAAAGUAUGGACUCCAUGAGUUGACAACACUUCCUGUCCAUCAACAACCACAACCUCAGAAGCAAGAAUCAAAGGGCUAUGCUGAAACCAUUGAAUCGCUGAGACAGUUAGGUGCAACUGUGGCGAGUAACCACGCAAGAGAGGUGGCUGCUAACAGACAACAAUCGAUUUCAGCGUCUCCCCCUGUCGGAGCACCUUACAGAGAUCGUGCGAAAGAAAGGAGAGAGAAAUUCGGUACUGUUCCACCACCCCAAAGGAAUUUCGACCGAUCUGCAGAUUUAUCUACAAUGCCUACACCUCCUCAUAAUGAUCCCAUGGAAUACCCUCCACCCGAUUUCUCUCAACCACCUCCUCAUUUCAACACCGGCAUUUCGGGAGGUGCAGAUGUUGGAAGUCGACUGAUGGCUAAGAUGGGUUGGCAAGCUGGACAGGGUCUUGGAAAAGCAAAUCAGGGAAGAACUCAACUAGUGGAAGCGGAGUUUCGUGAAGCCGGUGUUGGAUUGGGUGUGAAGGCUUCAAAACGUCCUCCUCCUUCGGAUAACUACAAGGACAAUGUUAAGCGAGCAAUGUAUGCUAGAUAUCAUGAAUUAGGUUAA